CCAAAAUUUUGUGCUAUUUUAGCAUUUAAGUAAGGGUUUUUGUGUGAGAAAAAUAUUGUUUUGGGCUUAAGAGCCGAAAUGUCCAAACUUGAGGACUUAAAAGUGGAAGGAAUUUGGAUAAGGAUGAGCUUCUUUUCUUGUUCUUUUUCUUCUUUCUUUCCUUCCCAGCCUUGCGUGUUUCUGCUCUUCUUUUCUCCCCUGCAGCUCCCGAAAUCCCCCCUCCAAGCCGCCGGCACCAGCUUUGAAAAAUUGGUGAGAAAGCUUGGAAUUUCUCCUUCUUUCUUGUCCAAGAACCUGAUUUGGAACCCAGAAAUCUUUCCCCCUUGCUGGAAAUUCCAGAUCUGCCUUGCUCUGCUUGUCUUCACCGCCGACUGCUAUGUGGGUGGGUGAUUUCUGGGCAUUUUUCAGUAAGAACAGCCCCUAAUUUCCUUUGUUCUUGCUUGAAUUGGCUUGGGUUAACUUUGAUUGCUCUUAUUUCCUUCAAUUUUGGGUAGAUCCGUGAGUUUCUCCCUUGCACUGCCGCCGGCUUCUUCCCCCUGCUAGGUCCGGUUUCUACAGCUGGAGAAUUAUGGUAUGUGGCAGCUUCUCUAAGUGCAAGUUUAGCCAUUUAAUUGCUGCCCUUUGUGUCCGAAAUUCUGGAUUAAUUAGGGGAGAAAAUUGAUAGUAAUUAGACCAUGAUUUAGCUUGAUUCAAGUGAAUUUAUGUGAUUUAGUGUUAAUUGCUUGUUGUGAUUUUUGGAGAGAAAACCCCGUGAUUAGCUAGUGUUUUGGCCAAUUUUGGAAGUUGGAAUUACUGUUCACGGGUACUGUUCACCGGUUACUGUUCACACCACGAGGGCCAACAAUCGACGGGGAUUUAAGUGAUUAGUUUGUGAUAUAAGAACGAAUUUGGAGAUAUUUGAUUAUGUGGAGAUUGAUAGGAAUUAGUAUCGGGAUUAAGAGUGAUCUUGAUGAUUUCAGUUUGAAUUUGUGAUAGUCCGGUAUUAAUUUUGAGGUAUUUUGAUUAGGUUCUUGAUCGUUUUGUCAGUUAACAUUGAGAUUGAGUGCUCGGUUUUAUGCGAGUGAGGUAAGUAAAUUUAUGGUAAUGCC